AUGUACUUGAAAGAAGGAUGUUCAUUGCUGUUGAAAGUCCACAAAAAGUCUCUUCCUUUAAUCCUCAACAAUGUAAACCCAAGUUUCAAUGUUGAUCAACUUAAUGGUGGUAAAACCCCCGUUGAGCUCAAGGAAUCUGAUGUAUUAAAGAGACUGAAAUAUGAAGAAAAUAUUUCAAAUGCUUUAGAGUAUUUCAAAUGGGUUGCUAAUUCAACAUUUUUCAAGCACACCCCUUUAACAUAUAAAUUAAUGAUGGAAAAACUUGGGCAGCAGCAGGAGAUGGAUACUGUUCAAUACCUCUUGCAACAGAUGAAAUUAGAAAGUAUUAGUUGUUCCGAAGAUAUAUUUAUCAGUGUGAUUGAUUCUUAUAGGAGAGGUAACGCGGCAGAGCAAGCAUUGAAGACAUUCUACAGGAUACAGGAUUUUGGGUGUAAGCCUACAGUUAGGAUAUAUAAUCAUCUCUUGGAUGCUUUGCUUAGUGAAAAUAGGUUUCACAUGAUUAAUCCUAUUUAUAGUAACAUGAAGAAAGAUGGGGUUGUUCCCAAUGUGUAUACUUAUAACAUUCUUUUGAAAGCAUUGUGCAAGAAUAAUAGAGUAGAUGGAGCUCUGAAGUUACUUAUGGAAAUGUCGAACAAGGGGUGUUCUCCUGAUGAAGUGAGCUAUACAACAAUUGUGUCUUCCUUGUGUAAGUUUGGUAAAGUAAAAGAAGCCAGAGAAGUAGCCAUGAGAUUCACUCCUACUGUUCCUGUUUAUAAUGCUCUGAUAAAUGGGCUUUGUAAGGUAUAUAAUACUAAGGAGGCAGUUGAUUUGUUGGAUGAGAUGGCUUGCAAGGGAGUUGAUCCUAAUGUUAUUACGUACACUACGAUAUUAAAUGCAUUUGCUGACCAAGGAAAUAUUGGCCUUUCUUUUGCUAUGAUGAGCAAGAUGUUUGUUAGUGGCUGUUCUCCAAAUAGUCAUUCGUUUACUUGUUUGAUUAAGGGAAAUUCAUUAUUGGGACAUUGGUAUGAAGCUCUUCAUGUGUGGGAUGGUAUGAUCAAAGAGGGAAUUUUGCCCAAUGUUGUAGCAUAUAAUGCACUUCUCCAUGGUCUGUGUUUGGCUGGUAAUAUGAAUAUGGCUCUGUCUGUUUAUAGUGCAAUGGAAACAAGUGGCUGCCUUCCAAAUUCUACAACCUACAGCACCCUCAUUGAUGGAUUUGCUAAAUCUGGAGAUGUAAUUAAAGCAUCUGAGAUAUGGAAUAGGAUGAUAAAUCAUGGUUGCCGUCCAAAUGUUGUUGUAUAUACAUGUAUGGUUGAUGUACUCUGCAGGAAUUUCAUGUUUGAACAAGCUUACAGCCUUCUAGAUGACAUGGUAAUAGAAAAUUGCCCACCAAAUACCAUUACUUUUAACACAUUUAUCAAAGGUUUGUGUUGUAGUGGUAGAAUUGAAUGGGCACUAAUGCUAUAUAAUCAAAUGGAAAGAUUUGGUUGCUCAGGUAAUACUACCACAUAUAAUGAGUUGUUGGAUGGCUUAUUCAAAUGUAACAACCUUAUGGUAGCACUUCAGCUUGUUAGGGAGAUGGAGGAAAAGAAUAUUGAAUUUAAUUUAGUCACGUACAACACUAUAGCAUCUGGUCUCUGCGAUAUGGAGAUGCUUGAGGAAGCUGUAAAACUUGUGGCAAAAAUGCUGGUUAGGGGAAUUAGACCUGAUGUUCUCACCUUCAACAUACUUAUGAACGCGUACUGUAAGGGUGGUAAGGUUGAAUCUGCAAAACAACUUCUGAAUGCUAUGAGUCAAGUCGGCUUGCGUCCAGGUUUCAUAUCCUAUACCUGUCUAAUAGAUGGACUGUGCAGUUGGGUUGGUUUGGAAGCUGCAAUCUGUUGCCUCCAGAAGAUGAUAAAUGAUGGCAUUCCACCCAUGAUAUCGACAUGGAAUGUUCUAGUCCGUCAUUUGUUUAGCAAGAUUGGCUAUGGAAGUGCACUAGAAUAUCUAAAUAGUAUAUUGGCAGCAGACUGAAGGUGUGAACUUGCUUCAGCAGAUUGGAAUGAUGAAUACGCGUAAAAACCUUCAUUGUGGAUAUAAAUGCAGUAGUUGCAGUGAAAGCAAUUUUACGAUGGAGGGGUCCUUCUCCAGACCUGCAUUGACUAAGUGGCAUUAACAACUUGUUUAGGGAUAUAUGGCUAGUAAGAAUCCCUCAAAAAAAGUUGUUUAACAUCCUCUAAUCAUAAUAUUUUUGUAUGUUUAUU